AUGGGCUCAGACGGCUCGCGUAGCCCGCCGGCCUACCCCUACCAGGCCGAAAAAAACAUUGGUCCCGACAAAGCUGUUGGCGCCGACCCCAAGCCCGUUUCCGACGUCACGGCCGGCCGCCUCUCCAUUGACACUGGCAACGUCGACCAAACCCACCGUCUGCUCAAAUCGCGACACAUUCAGCUCAUUGGCAUCGGCGGCAGUAUCGGAACCGUCCUCUAUGUUCAAAUCGGUCAAGGUCUUCUCCAUGGCGGCCCCGCUAGUCUAUUCAUUGCCUUUAGCUUCUGGUGUUCUGUUGUGCUCGCCGUCACCUUGUGCAUGGCCGAAAUGGUGACCUAUCUACCUAUAUCCUCGCCCUUUAUCCGAUUCGCCGGUCGCUACGUUGACGAGUCCUUUGGUUUCGCCAUUGGCUGGAAUUUCUUUGUUUUCCAGGCCGCCCUCGUACCGUUUGAAGUGGUAGCCUGCAACCUCAUUAUCAAUUUCUGGACCAAAGCGAUACCCACUGGCGCAAUGAUUACCAUCAUCAUUGUUCUAUACGCCGCCAUCAACGUAAUUGCUGUCAAGUGGUAUGGUGAAACCGAAUUUUGGGCCGCUCUCGGCAAGGUGCUGCUUAUUAUUGGUCUUAUACUCUUUACUUUCAUCGUAAUGCUGGGCGGGAACCCCCAGCACGAUCGGUUCGGCUUCCGCUACUGGUCCAACCCUGGUUCAUUUGCCCAGCUCUACGGCUACACCGGUGGCCUGGGUCGAUUCGUUGGCUUUUUGCAGUGCUUGAUUCAGGCCGCCUUUACCAUUGCUGGUCCCGACUACGUCUCCAUGGCCGCGGGCGAGGCCGAGAACCCGCGCAAGGUUAUGCCCCGUGCCUUCAAUGCCGUCUUUUACCGACUUACGACCUUUUUCAUCCUCGGCUCCCUCUGCGUCGGUAUCCUCGUUCCCUACAACGACAAGGACCUCAUCGAGGCCUAUGCCAACGGCUCACCCGGCGCUGCCGCCUCUCCGUACGUGGUCGCCAUGAAGCGUCUCGGCAUCCCGAUUCUUCCUCAUAUCGUCAACGCAACCGUAUUGACGGCGGCUUUUUCGGCCGGCAACUCGUACGUCUACUGCGCCUCACGAUCGCUCUACGGCUUGGCUCUUGAGGGCAAGGCGCCGCGUCUUCUCACCACCUGCACCAAGAAGGGUGUUCCCGUUUACUGCGUCGGCGUUGUGCUCGUCAUUGCGCUGCUGUCUUUUCUGCAGCUGGGCUCGGGUGCUUCCGUCGUUCUAAACUGGUUCGUCUCUCUGGUCACGGCGUCGCAGCUGCUUAAUUUCGGCGGCGUCUGCAUUUCGUUCCUGUGCUUCCGUCGCGCCAUUCGCGCGCAGGGCGUCGAUCCCACCACCCUGCCCUACCGCGCGUGGUUCAUGCCGUAUGCCGCGUACUAUGCGCUCUUUUGGACCGUGCUCAUGGCGUUGGUGGGAGGCUACCCGGUCUUUUUGCCUGGCCGCUGGAAUACGCCCAACUUUUUGUUCUCGUACAUGAUGAUUUUUGUGUUUCCGGCACUGUACUUUGGCUACAAGUUUAUCAUGAAGACCAAGAUUCACAAGCCCGAGGAGGUGGAUCUGCUCAAGGACCUGGCCGAGGUGGAGGAGCACGAGGCCAACUUUGUGCCCAAGAAAGCAGAGUCUCGCUUUGAACGCAUCUUGGACACGCUUUUUGGGUAG